AUGGUUUGUGUUACAGGUUACGCCGAAAGCUGUGUGAAUGAAGGGGAAAUUGUUAACGUUCUCACCAUCAAAAACAUGAUGUGCUUCACGUGCAUGUGCAAAAACGGAUUCGUGGAGUGUGUCAAAGACCAGUGCCCAGACGAACAGGGCUGUUACAUGUUGCAGGACGUUUUCGUGGACACGAAGGAAUGCUGCAGACGGUGCAAGGGGUGCGUUUACAAGGGUGUGCCGAGGGACAGCGGCACCGAGUGGACGGAUCCCAAUGACCCUUGCAUGGUCAUGUCGUGCAAGGCUGGGGUGGUCACCGAGACGAGGAUGCAGUGCAUUACACCCUGUCAACAACCACUGCCACCUAAACCAGGGACAUGCUGUCCGACUUGUUCGGGUUGCCGGGUUAUCGGGCAAGAGGUGGCCGCCUGGAAGAACAUCAGCCUGUACGACGACCCAUGUCUAACCUGUCAUUGCGAGAGAUCCGCGGCCGGACCAGUCCUCACCUGUUCAAAAAAGGCGUGCCCUGUGCUCCAGUGUCCGUCCAGCAGCAUGCAGAUAUUGCCGGGCGAAUGCUGCCCCAGAUGCGUGGGCAAGAGCAGAAAACUGAUGGACCCACCUAGAGGAGGCUGCCUGUUGGGUGAUAAGAUCACUCCGUCGGGCCAGGGGACGCAUCCGGACCGGUGCACCGAGUGCACAUGCACCAACUCGACGGCGGUGUGCACUCGGGAGACUUGUCCUCCGCUGGACUGUCCCGUCGAGAAACAGACGUUCGCGUCGCACAACCAGUGCUGUCCGCAGUGCCCGAGGACCCUGGACAAGAGCGAAACUUGCAUGGAUAAUGGAAACAUUUACUUGAACGGGGACGGCUGGAAAGUCGACGAGUGCAAGUCAUGUCUGUGCGUCCGCGGCCAAGUACAGUGUGCCCAAGAGAUGUGUCCACGUAUCUCAACGUCGUGCCCGGUCAAUACGAAGCUGCGAACAGUCCCGGGCUCUUGUUGCCCCCGAUGUGUACCCAUGGACGGAGUGUGCACGGUGUUCGGAGACCCACAUUACAGGACAUACGACGGAAAAUUCUUCAGCUUCCAAGGACCUUGCAAAUACCUUUUGAGUGCGGAUUGCGUGGGUCGGACAUUCAGCAUUCGAGUGACUAACGACGCUCGGAACACGAAAAAUUCAGCUUGGACAAAAACAAUAUCUUUGAGGACCGGAGGUUUGAAAGUAAACCUCGGUGAAAAUAAACGGAUCAAGAUCAACGGACAGAGAGUGUCCGUGCCUUACAAACGGAGUAACGAGCUCACCAUAUCCAAUAUGAACGACACCGUAUUAGUUGAGACCCGGAUUGGCGUUUCUAUCAUUUGGGAUGGUCGAGGAUUUCUGGAAGUGUCCGUACCGUCGAGGUACAAAGGCAGUCUGUGCGGGUUGUGCGGUAAUUUCAAUUCUGUGCCCAGAGACGACAUGACCACUAAGGACGGACAAGUAGUGUUGGAGCCCCAAGUUUUUGGAUCGUCUUGGCGUGUGGGUGGCAAGAACGCGUGCAGCCGGCCGUUGAAACCCGCGUUCGUGCAAACUUCGACUCAGUGUUCAAAGAAGGGACCCCGGAUUCGAGAAAGGAUGUGCAAACCGCUUCGACAACGGAUGUUUGCGGCGUGCCACAAAAAGCUCAAUCCAGUCAACUUUUUCAGGUCCUGUCUGAUGGAUAUGUGCGAGUGUCCGACCGGCCGGAAGUGCUAUUGUGAGGCGAUGACAGCUUACGCUCACAACUGUCGCCGCCUUGGGGUUUCGCUACCUGAUUGGAGGACCAUGACGGGAUGCCACACAUACUGA